AUGGCGGCCGAAGAAUCCAAAACCCUCGCCUUCAUCCCCCUCGAAGCCAACCCUCCCCUCCUCACCUCCCUCCUCCACAAGCUCGGCGUGUCGCCCGCCCUCGCCGUGCACGACGUCUACUCCCUCGACGACCCGGACCUGCUCGCCUUUGUGCCCCGGCCCGCGUUGGCCCUGCUGCUCGUGUUCCCCAUUACGGACAAGUACGAGACGCACCGCCGGGAGGAGGACGCCGACAAGCCCGACUACGAGGGCGGCAGCGGCGAAGACAACGUCCUCUGGUUCCAGCAGACGAUACGUAACGCAACCCAACUCCACCCUCGACACCCUCCUCAAGCAAGCCGCCCCCUCACCCGCCGCGACCGCAGCGCCCUCCUCGAACAAUCCGAAGCCCUCGCCACCGCCCACCGCGAAACCGCCAGCCAAGGCGACACCGCCGCGCCGCAGGCCACCGACGACGUGGACCUGCACUACGUGUGCUUCGUCAAGACCGAGGACGGCCGCCUCUGGGAGCUCGACGGCCGCCGCAAGGCCCCUCGUGCGCCUCGAGGGCAUGGCCCCGACGACGAUGUCCUCAGCGAGGCGGCCCUCAAGGCUGGUCCGCUCGAGUUCCUCGGGCGGGAGGGCGGGGAUCUGAGGUUUAGCUGCGUUGCGCUGGCGGGUGCCUUGGACUAG